CGGGCUUCGCCCCUCGCUCUCCCUCAGCCUGGUUCGAAUGCUACUCUGGCGUUCCAGCGGGCAAGCCGCGGCCGUCGGAGGGGAGAGGCAGGAAGCCGCGGGCUGCGGGGACCUGUCGGUCAUCUGAUCCCAGCCAGAGCAGCGUCCGGCAGGGAUCGAGGAGGGAAGGCAGCCGCCGCCGCCACCCGCGCAAGACCCGCCUAGCCUGGCAGCUGAUUCAGCGUUGUGCUCCUUGGCUCCCGUCGCAAUGCCUCCUGCAGGCCGCCUUGCGCCCGGCUCUCCUCGUCUCCUUCAUUGAUUCCUGCACAGCGGCGUCUUUCCUGCUCCCUUCCUUUGGCCUUUCCUUCUCCUGGCUUCUUUUCUUGGAAAAAAGAGAAGGCCGGGUACUUGGGGAAACUUUGCGAUCUUUCCUCUUGGCCAAACCCUUCUAGGGAAACUCCCAACCUGCUUCCUUCCAGCCUCGAGUAGGUGUUCUGAUCCCCCCCCCCCCGUUUCUCCUUCUUUUAAAAAGCUGAUCGGAUCAUCAUCUUCAUCAUGGCAAGUGGUUUUCUCUGAUGCUACUACACUCCUUUCGAUACUGUGCAUUUGUUUUCUGGAGCCAGGCAGAUCUUUUUGGAAUGGAGAUCUAAAUUCUCACCUCCUUGCUAUCCUUUUUCUGGAUAUCCUUUAAACACUAACUACCUUUGUGUCCUGCUUUCGUUUUUAACAGUCAGAAUUAUUGCUUAAGGGAGUUGAAUCUCGUUCUCUUUUAAAAGCUGGGAUUAAAAGACAGAAGAAGAAGAGGAAACACGUUUCUUCCUCUCCCUGCCUUUUUUUUGUUGUUGUUCUCAGUUACAAUAUUUUGGCUUUUGGGUAAGCCAAGAAUUUGGGAAAAAUCCUCCCCCCCCCCCCAAUUGGCUCAGAAAUAUUGAACGAUUUCUGUCUGUUUCCCUUCCCGUGACAAGCGAAGCCAAGAUUUUAGUAAACCGUGAUUCCGGUAUUGGAGGACAAAACUCCAGAACAAUCAACGCACAUCCUACAGUUUGGCAGAAGAAAAAAGUGCUUUUGGAUAGACAAACUGGGCUGUGUUCCUCUGUCAUUUGACCUCAAGGGAAGGAAAACAUUUGGAAGAAAAAAAGUUUUGACAUCUUCCCAGCUGAGGCUAAGUUACAAACAUUUCCAUGUUCUUUACAGUAACUCUUUGGAGGAAAAGACAGUGAAUCCUCGUGGAUUGACUCAGUUCCCCUUCUUGGAAAUUGUUGGCAAUCUUUGGACCCUGUUCGGCCUUGGGAAGCUGUGAUGGGGCUGUGAGGCCAAACUGAUUUCCCACUGGAUCCUGUGGGAGUUGAGGAAAAGGAUCCUGAGGGGCUGAGAGAAAAAGCUCUCCAGGGAGGAACUGAGUGCAAGAUAAAAGCAGUGACGGAAGCUGACCCAGCACUGUGAAUGGCUGCCAAGGAUUAUGACCACUUGUUUAAACUGCUUAUCAUCGGAGAUUCGGGGGUUGGCAAAAGUAGCCUUCUGCUCCGCUUUGCAGAUAACACCUUCUCAGGUAGCUAUAUCACAACAAUUGGGGUCGAUUUCAAAAUCCGGACACUAGUGAUUAAUGGAGAAAGAGUGAAGCUGCAAAUCUGGGAUACAGCUGGACAGGAACGGUUCAGAACUAUUACCUCCACGUAUUACCGCAACACCCAUGGUGUCAUCAUUGUUUAUGAUGUGACAAACGCCGAGUCCUUUGUUAAUGUCAAACGUUGGCUGCAUGAGAUUGGACAAAACUGUGACAAUGUGUGCAAGAUUUUGGUGGGUAAUAAAUGUGAGGACCUGUCACGGAAGCAAGUAGAGACAGCUGAUGCCCGGCGGUUCAGUGAGCAAAUGGGAGUGCGGCUUUUUGAGACCAGCGCUAAGGAGAACCUCAACGUUGAAGAGAUGUUCAACGCCAUUACCACCAUGGUGCUCCGAACGAAACAGGAAAACCUGGCACGGCGGCAACAGCAGAACGAGGUUGUCAAAAUCAACAAGCCCAAAAAGAAGCCUUCGGUCAAGAAAUGCUGCUGAAGGGACAGCCCCUGUAGAUGCCCUUUUCUUUUGGAUGGGGGGGGAUGAUGAACUGUGGGGAGUUGGGUGGGUGAAAAAAAAUCAUGGCUCAUGUGAUGUUGGGGAUGGGGCUUCUGGAUCUUGAUCAGAGGGGCAGGAGAAUCAGUAUGAAUCCUCCUAGCCCUGGAAUUCUUCUGUUCCCCUUUGCUGGGAAAGUUGCGUUGUGGGGAUAGAAAACCAAAUUGAAGCACUGCGUUCCCUGCCUGCUGAUAGGCUGGGGUGGUGGUGUAGGUCGUGCUUACAAAAAGGGUGGGUGGGUGGGAAGUACCGAGCAACAUUAAAAAGACUACUGAAACAAAUUAUUAAGGUGAUCAAAAUAAAGAAGAUGUGGGGCGUAGCUGAGCCCAAGGGAAUUGUCCUUCUCCCCACAACUGGAAAAAAAAACCCCUCUUCUCUACAGUGAUGCCUGCUCAUUGUAUUUUAUUUCUCCAUUUCUGGUCUGAAGGCUGGGUGCUGGAAUUGCAGUAUACAACCGAUAAUCAAAUUUCACUCAUGGCAAGAAUGCUGCAGGGUGAGGGAGAAGGUGGGCAUUAUAAUUAUUUUGCCACAAGCUCCUCCUCUGUAGCUGUACCUCAGUUUACAUAAUAAUAGGAGGAAGUGGAAGAAAUCCAGCAAAACAUUUCAGAAUUUCCCAGCCGAUAGUAUUGGGGUUUUUCCUUCUCAUCUUUCUUUAGCCUUGCUCUGAAUAGGAAUGGUUUAGGACCAAGCUAUGUUGCUCUCCUCUUAGGAUUUGGAGAGUUUUCCAUCUCUUCAUUAGCCCCAUCCUUCAAUCCAGAUGUUGUGAGAAAAUAGCUAACUGUCCACAUGGUGAGUUUGAAAAAGGACUUUGUCACCUUUGCAGCUAUAAUUGAAGUACCAUUCAGUCAUUCAUGUUUACCUCCAGAAACAAAGUAAGAAAUGGAGGCAUAAACUUUUAAUAUAGGAAUAUGAAAUUAUGUCUGGAUUCAGCUGAUAAGUUGCCAACUUAUGAUUCCCAACCUUUGGGUAUUACAGAGACUGUCCCCUUUCAACAUUGGGGCCCUUAUACAAUUUAUUUGCUUCAUUAAUUAUUUUAUAUACACCCAACUCUGUAGAUAAACUAAAACAUCUCAUUUUAACCCACUGCUAAUGGCAUUAGACUUGUUAAGGAUAUACCACUGUUCAAUAAAGACAUUUAGAUAUAAAAA